UAAUUACUAGUUUACUAAUUACUACUUUUAUUCGGUUUUUCUCUAAGUUUAUUCAGGACGAACAAGAUUUACAUUUUACAUAAAAACUGAAAACAGAACAUAUUGCGAACAAAACCGGCUCAUAAUAAACACAACCGAAAAUGUCGAUAUCCGAUUUAAAGCAUACCUUGAGAAAACAUGAAUUUCCAACUUGUGCUAGAGAAGCUUUUCCCAAAAUUGAACAACUUUUGGUUGGCCGCUCAGCACCUUCAAGUAAACAGCUUGAUAUUGCAAUGGAUAUUAUAUCAGAGUUCGUAUUCUGUGAAGCUGAUAGACGUGGACGUCGAGGCCUAAACUCCUUGCAGGAGCUGCAGCUUAUAGAUAUUAUAUGUGACUAUAUAUCCUCAUGUUCAAAUGAGACUACCAAGAACACAAUAUUUUUAUCACUGUUUGGUGGCAUGGAGAGUCAAAGAAAGCUGAAGAUUUUGAGUAUAUUAGCUAGUAUGGCUGUGUCUGCCUCUAGUACACCUGUGCUCCUAGCAGUUGGUGUGUGGUUGCAGCAGAUGGGUAGCUCCUCACCGCAGUCUCUGCAACUUGUUGAGAACAUCAUCCGUGACCACUUUCAUCUCAAUACCACCAACCAAGCUGCAUUAAAGUCCUUGGCAACCACAGCUCCCCAAUUUGUAUCCAACUUUAUAACAGCAGUCACUGAGCUGUACAUGCAUGAUGGGAUAAAUGAGAAGAAACUGCCUCCCAGAAAUUUGCUGGAGGUCAUCACUUCUUGGGUGUGUUCAAACCCGACAUUGUGUAUGUCUGCACAAAUGAACCCAGCUGCCCUACCCAGUGGGGCUAUACCUAUGGCGGCUGUAACCCCUUUAGCGGGACUUAUACACUGGUGUUCUUUAGCACCACUGUAUGUGGAAGAUGAUGAUGACCAAGAAAUACCAAUCAAAAAGUUAAAACUGGAAGAGGAUAUAAAGAAGCCGGUGGCCAAGUCAGAGAGUACUCAGGCUUUGUAUUGGCAGCUACACCUGGGUGUGCUGAACAGUCUCCGUGGUGGCUGGCGGCCUCACGGUCCGCCGACGGCGCUAGCUGCAGCGCGCCUCGCAGCUCUCGCGCCUAAACUCCAGGCACAUGCCCAUAGACUGCAUGCGACAGGGUUAGAUUUAACUAUACAUCCAAAACUACAGGAUUGUCUGGACAGAGUGGGCCAGGCAGUACAAGUGGCACUGGCAGCUGGUUGUGUGUAUGGCAACAUUACAAACCUCCUCACCGCCCUAGACACAUUACCAGAGAACAGACUGCUGAAGAUCAUUAUACAAAAGCAUCAGCAAAGUCUUUGAUGUUUACUAGAGAUGUAAAAACUGUGAUAAGUCUUAUA